CUAUGAGCAAUCUAUAAGUGUCAAAAAGUUGGCGUUGAUUACGUUAAAGUAACAUCCUAGUCGUUAUCAAUUUUUCCCAGUUUCUAAUAAAAAAAUGGGUUUUGGGGAUUAUCCUGUCGAAUACGAUCCGAAAGUUCAUGGUCCUUAUGAUCCUGCUCGUUACUACGGAAAAGCCGAUACUCCCUUGUCUCAAGUAAAACUUGGAGAACUUUCUGCAUGGUUUGCUCGAAGGAAUAAAUCUCCACAGGCAAUUGCGGGUGCCAUUAGUCGUGCAUACUGGAGAUGGAAUCACAAAUAUUUCUUGCCAAAAAGAAAUGGCAUAGCUCCAUACUUUCAGGUCAUUACAGCAUCAAUGAUAUUCUUCUACGUGAUAAAUUAUGGAAAGAUUAGAAAACACAAGAACUACAGAUACCACUAAAUUAAAAUGCAAUUUUGAUCAGUAGUAAAAAGAAGUUUGUGUCAAGGAUCCAUUUGUUAUUUAAAGUGUUACAGACACAUUAAUUUCAUUUGUAAACAUUAUCAAUAUACAAAAUUGUA